AUGCGAGCACAUCUGGAUGACGCAUUGACCCGACCCCCGCACGACUGUAUGGCCACAGCCAGUCCCAGUGCGACCGUAGCUCAUGCAGUGCGCAACCUCGUGAACGCCAUCCACUGCCAACCGAUGACCACCCCUGUUGACCACCGAAUAUCCAACCUUUCCGUAAUGGGCAGCGAACCAGGCGACGAUCCAUUUCAGACGUCUCUGUCGAACAGCGGACCAUCCGACUGCUCUUACAAUGAGCAGCAUACGGUGAAGCCGUUAGGCACAGGAGUAUGCCCACUGCCAACCAUGGUCGAAUGCAACCACCAAAGCGGCUGCUACUCUGACGGAGUAUGGAACCCGACCACGGUUCAGAGUCGGCCGCUGACCCCAGACCGCAGACCGAGCGAUGAGUAUCGGUCAACCGCCGAGUUAAGCACUGGCAAAGUGCCUUCGAAGACGUCCAACAAAAGGACGAUUAGAAUAUCUAAGAGUAAGUGUUCCAAAGCUUUUUUAGUCAACCAUAAGGGCAUUGUUUCUUUCCGCUGGUGGUCGACUUCCCGUUUGUUCCGGUUGUGA